GAAUCGGUCCUCGCCAGACUGACCGGAUUUUAUCGGCGCACACCGGAGGAAACGGCUCAUCCAACUCUCACCUCUAACUUUUCUGAGACUCUCCACUUCAACAUCCACAUACCGGACCUGCUCACAGCUGACAUCCCCACAGGAAUAUCUUAACUUGUGUUGAAGAUCCAGAGAUCAGCUGGGAAGGAAGCGCUAAAUCACAUCCUGCUGAUUUCUUUCCUUUUUUUUUUUUUUUUGUGGGAAGGGGGUUUCUUUUAUCGCCAUGUCUUGCGGUGAUGCGUCGGAUCAGAGCCGGCGGUUCUGCGUGUUGUCUUGGGAUCAGGUGCAGCGCUUGGACUCGAUCCUGGGGGAGGCUGUCCCCAUCCACGGCCGAGGAAACUUCCCCACACUGUCCGUGCAACCCCGACAAAUCGUCCAGGUGGUGCGGGCAAGGCUGGAGGAGAGGGGUGUGUGUGUAAAAGACGUGAGGCUGAACGGCUCGGCUGCCAGCCAUGUGCUCCAUCAGGACACUGGACUGGGCUAUAAGGACCUGGACCUGAUCUUUGGCGUGUCACUGAAAGAUGAUCAGGCCUUCCGGCUGGUUAAGGAUGUUGUGCUGGACUGCCUGUUUGACUUCCUGCCAACCGGGGUCUCAAAGGAACGCAUCACGGCACUAACCCUCAAAGAGGCCUAUGUACAGAAACUGGUGAAAGUCUGUAAUGACACGGACCGCUGGAGCCUCAUCUCGCUGUCCAACAACACAGGCAAGAAUGUGGAGCUAAAAUUUGUGGAUUCUUUACGGCGGCAGUUUGAAUUCAGCGUGGACUCCUUCCAGAUUUGCCUCGAUUCUCUGCUCUUAUUUGACCGCUGCUCAGAGACGCCCAUGUCUGAGAGCUUUCACCCAACUGUGGUUGGGGAGAGUGUGUACGGGGACUUCAAGGAGGCCAUGGACCACCUGUGUCAGAGGACCAUAGCUACACGCAGCCCUGAAGAAAUCAGAGGGGGCGGCUUAUUGAAGUACUGCCACCUGUUGGUGCGAGGGUUCAGACCCUUUUCGGAGGCGGACAUGAAGCAGAUGCAACGCUACAUGUGCUCUCGAUUCUUCAUUGACUUCUCUGACAUAGGAGAGCAGCAGAGGAAACUGGAGGCCUACCUGCAAAACCACUUUGCUGGGAUGGAGCACAAACGGUACGAGUGCCUGAUGACUCUUCACCAAGUAGUGAACGAGAGCACUGUCUGUCUGAUGGGCCACGAGCGGCGCCAGACACUCAGUCUUAUCUCCAUGCUGGCCCUGAAGGUGCUGGCCGAGCAGAACGCCAUCCCCACUGUGACGAAUGUCACGUGUUACUACCAGCCAGCUCCGUACGUGCAGGACAUCAACUUCAGUAAUUACUAUAUUGCACACGUGCAACCACCGCAGGUUUCACCAUGCAGUAACUCAUAUCAGACGUGGCUGCCCUGUAGCUGAACUGACUGUCACAACAGGAGAGGUGGACAUGUCUCCAUCGCUCCAUCAUUCAAAGGACGUGGACUGGAAAAAAAAAAGAAAAAAAAAAAAAGAAACUAUGUUUGCCAAAUGUGACUUGACUUAAACAAUCCUGUACUGCUGUACAUCUGAUUGAGCCGACACGUUAAUUUUUCUCACUUGUUUUGUUUUGCAAAACAUCUGUAAGAUUGCUGGUCAUUUCUGAGAUGUAGCGAUAAUAUCUUGUUUAAGUAUUAAAAAAAAAAAAGUCUUUAUGAAGCUUUAUAUAUGUCAAAAAUACAUUUUUGAAGAAACAAACUUUGAAGCUGGUGUUCUUUUCAUACUCUGGCUUUAUUUUUUUAAAAUUACAUACCGGACCAAAGAUGUAUUUGUUGUUCAGAAAGGGAAUGUUGUUAUGAUUCCAAGUGCCUAAAAUGAACCAUGAAAUGUUCUAAAAACAUCUGUAAAGUGAGAAUGGUGCAUUCAGUGUUUUCUUGAUUACUCCGUCUCUCUUUUCAGGAACAGAAGCAUUCAUUUUUGUGAGAUUAAAAAAAAGAAAAAACUA